GUUGAUUACCAUUUUUGUGUUUCUUGGCAUAAUAUGUCGUUCGUUGCUUGCUCGCUCAGGCUGUCCGUCGUCCGACAGCAAGCGUCGCUUGUUGCAUCGGCACUGAGCAGGCAACACGGUGCAUCCAUCAGCACCAAUGCACAUGGCUGGAGUGUCGAACGCAGCUCGUGCGUGGGUGCAGUGCAAGCGCGAUUGUCAUCAAGUCUCGCGAGCAGCAGCGUGCAGCCGACCCCAGAAGCCCCAUCUCCGUCCACGGCGUGGCAAACCAUCCGAUCGGCCAUCAGUGACAUGAAAGAUGGAGCGGUUCAACUGUAUCGAGAUGUUGGUCAGAUGCGCAAACUGACGUCUCAAUCAAGAAAGCUCAACUGGGCUGAAACACAGUUUGUAGACAUCACGCGAACGAAUCUCAAGUCCUUGGUCCCAUUCGCAAUUUUAACACUGCUGCCAGGCUCGUUUGUUAUCAUUCCCUUGGCCGUAAGCCUGCACCCAACGAUAGUUCCCACCGUGUUCCAACCUCGGAAAAUGAAGCUGGAACAACGGGUAGCCAAUGCGCUGCGCCGUGAACAUACCGCAGAGGACGUUUUGCAGCAACUCAAGGCAGCUUGCUGGAAUCAAGUCGCCUUUGAAACUCAGCCGGACUCGGUGCACGACGCGCUGAAGCUCUUUUAUGGCCUACGUUUAAACAGAGAUUUGAGCGAUCAUAGCAAGCUACCGACACUGGAGCAAGUCACCAGCACAGCCUAUCUCGAAGAGUACGCCGAACUACGCGAUGAGUUUCAACGCGCUGCUCAUUGCGGGCGGUUGACAACAUCCCAGUGCAAAACCGUUGCAGAGUUUGAUGGCGUUCGCACCUAUCCGCUCUUCUCGCUACGAUCGCGACUGAACGCGCGAGCCGAAGCAAUCCACAAUGACGACAUUCUUCUCGCAGAGUAUGGCGUGCAAAACAUUACGCGGGUGCAGCUGAUUGCUGCCUGCGAAGCCCGAGGCAUCCCAACGCUCGACGUCAGUGAAGCAGAUCUGCGCCAGAUGCUGAACGCGUGGUUGCAGCUAAGCGCCGCCGAAACCAAACCGCGCCAGCCUCUCUAUCACGCCUGCUACGCUGCAUUGCUCACUGUCAUUGCUCUCCAUGGAUAGAAGGUGUACCUUUGCGAUGUCCAUGCAGCUUUGAGAUGUGAAUAGAACGGGAUGGAUCUUCAGUACUGUAUUUCAAUCCAUGUCGCUUAGAAUUGACAACAUUCGAA